CUCCACGCGGCCGCCGUAGGGCGGACGGAGUACGGUGGCCGCAAGGCGGCGGCGACGGGCUCGGCCGGCCGGCGCGGGGGCCGCCAUGGGCAACCUGUUUGGCCGCAAGAAGCAGAGCCGGGUCACCGAGCAGGACAGGGCCAUCCUGCAACUGAAGCAGCAGAGGGACAAGCUGAGGCAGUACCAGAAGAGGGUCACACAGCAGCUGGAGAGGGAGCGGGCUCUGGCCAGGCAGCUGCUGCGGGACGGCAGGAAAGAACGGGCCAAGCUGCUGCUCAAGAAGAAGAGGUACCGGGAGCAGCUGCUCGACAGGACGGAGAAUCAGAUCAGCAGCCUGGAAGCCAUGGUUCAGAGCAUCGAGUUCACGCAGAUCGAGAUGAAGGUGAUGGAGGGGCUUCAGGUGGGCAACGAGUGUCUGAAUAAGAUGCACCAGGUGAUGUCCAUAGAGGAGGUGGAGAGGAUCCUGGACGAGACCCAGGAGGCCGUAGAGUACCAGCGGCAAAUUGAUGAGCUGCUGGCCGGCAACUUCACCCAGGAGGACGAGGAUGCCAUCCUGGAGGAGCUGAAUGCAAUCACUCAGGAACAAAUCGACUUACCAGAGGUUCCUUCGGAGCCCCUUCCUGACAUAAAUCCAGAAGCCCCUGCCAAGGCCAGAUCCAGGCAGGCAGAGCUGGUGGCAGCCUCGUAACUUGGACUUUCCAGGGACUCGCAGGGAUUCUCUGAGGACUGGCCACAGAGCGUUCGGCUGCGUGUCAACCCUGAGGGCUCCCAGAAGGCCUGAAGGGCUGCGCUAGAGGCUGGAGCGGCAGCUUACAUGGGUCCUGUGUCAGGGCCACAACGCACCUUCGCAGUUCAGUCUGGACGCACCAUUGUCUUGCUCUCAUUCUGGAUUAAUGAACACGCAGAGCCCAGCCAGGCCCGGCUUCAGCAGCUGUGGUUCACCGAUCCCCCUGGUGCUGCUCUCGUGGCUGACCCAGUCCGUGUGACCUGAGCUCUUUUCUGAGGAAGCACUUCAGACCUGGGGUCCCUAUACUUCCGACUCGUCUCUGCUGCUCACAUGAGCUGGUUGGGGGGCUUCAGUUAAAGGGUUCUCACAGUGCCUGGCCUCCUGCUAUCCCUGUUUCCCUGCAGGCUAGCAACAGAAACCCUAAGGGACUGGUGUUCUCCAAACAUCUUGGGACAUCUUCUUUGGCAUUUGAGACUCAAGCCUCUUAUGUUUGGGGGAGGUGGACCAGGGCCACCCUGCUGAAAAUCUAGGAGCCUGACUUGAGGUCUUCACAGAAGACAGACCUUGCUCCAAUGGGUGUGUACCUCCAUGGCAUCCUGGACACAGCUGCCAGUCCCUAAGCCACCAAUACCCAGGAGGUGUCAAGCUUGAAAGUGACAUCCAGGGUCCUGUGCUCAUUUGACACUGGACAGUCCCUGGUCCUCGGGCCUCUGGGAACACAGGGCUACCAGGAAAGGGCAUCUCUUCCUUAACCCAAAACAGGCCAGCUCCAGUAUUAAAGCUGGCCUCCGCAUGGUCUCCCGCCUCUUGGACUUGAGUCUG